AAAAAAUUAAAAAUAAAAACAAUUUAACAAAAUACAAAGUGAUUGGUUUUUUUUUUUUCUUGUGGCCUAUUAUGGCCCUUAAGGGAGCGACCUUCAAAUGCCCUUUUACUCAAAGUGUUGCCAAUUAAUUACAUCAAUCAAUGAAUAUUGAUAUGUUGAUGGACUUUUUAGAUAAAAAUUAAUUUUCAAUUGAUUAGUAUUUUCCCUGGCGGAGAGGAAAAAACGGAGAAAGACACACACACACACCCACACACAUACCGACAUUGAUGGGUUUCGUUUCAUGGUGAAAGUAAUUGUGAUGUUUGCGUGCUUCUAAUUACAACCCGGAUGGAUGGAUGAUACCAAUCUUUGGACGACACAUCGCUGUAAUUAAAAGUUCGGACAUAACACUGGUCCUGAGCAGUUCAUGCAAGUCAGUGGGUGCUAUAAAACAAUAAUCACAAAGUUGGUUAGUUACACAAAUGUCACGUUUCAGGACAGUUCCAACAAUUGAUCUAAACUAGCAGUGUUUAUCCAGUGUCAAAAACAAAGAAGACAAAACCCUGAUGUGUGGUGUGUGACCUUGACUCAUCAAGUCUGGAUUUCUCUAGAGUCAAAAAAUCCAAAUUAAGUUCGAAACCAUUACCGGUGUCAUGGAGUGAAAAAAAAAAUAAAUAAGUCACAGUGUUGCAAUCUAAUCAAAUAUGGCCAUUUAAUAAAUUGCCAAAACAAAAACGAACGAGACGAGAAAGAAACUCCUCACAAAAAUCUCCAAAUAACACCUACUACAGCUGUGCUUUGGUCACAACAACAUUUGAUUUGUUGCAUUUAACCCUUCGAUCAAAAAACAAACAAAAACAACAAAAAUUCCAAUCAAUGCCUGGGUCGUUUCUUGGCCAUUUGGUGAAUUUGGUUUGGUCAAUAUCAGCAAACGCAAAACUCAAGCGCUCAAGCGUAUAAGAAAAAAAACACCCAACAACAACAACACAAUUUGUAAAAAACACAACCACAACAACGAAAACAAGUUUUGGCUUAAGUGUCGUUUUCUUUACCAAACUUGACCAAUUUCAUUGCCGUUAACAAAAAAAAAACACAAAAACCCAAACCACAAUCCCUCCACAUCCAAAAAAAAUUUUUUGGGAGAUCUUGUUAUGACUUCUUUUAGUUUUUGGUUUCCGUUUCUUUGAGCUGUGAUUCGUAUGUUUUGUACGUCACUUCAACACUUGACAUUAUUUCAAAACAAUUGUAACAACUGUAGUUAACUCGGAAAUUAAAUGUGUUAUUUGAAAUAGACAUCAAAAAAAAUCAGUUCAAAGGAAAAUAUCGUAAAAGUGCAAAGAAAUAGCAAAAUUGUAAAUAACGAAAUAAGAAAAAGAAGAGGAAGUGGAAAUUCCAUACAAAUAUUCAAUGAUCUAUUUUCCAUCGGUACGUUUUAAGUGCAAUAUUUUGAUUGUGUUUUGAAUUGAAACUUCAAAUUAUCAUCAUCAUACACCACAAAAACAACAGUAAUCAUCAUGUUUAAACUAUCGCUACCUUGGCCUCUCCUUGGAGCAUUUGCUGGCAUUGUGGUUUCCGUGUUGGGCGCCUAUUGCGGUUGGUUCAUGUUCCCCAAUAUGGUGCACAAAAAAGUUGAAGAGAGCGUGAUCAUAACUGAUGGAUCGGAGCAAUACAAACGAUUUAUACAAUUACCCCAGCCUUUGACAUUUAAAGUGUACAUAUUCAAUGUCACCAAUCCGAUGAGGGUACAACAGGGUGCCCUACCAAUUGUCAAAGAAGUUGGACCCUAUGUCUACAAACAAUAUCGGAGAAAACGUGUCAAGCAUUUUUCAAGAGAUGGUUCCAAGAUAACAUUUACCCAGGAUCAACUUUAUGUGUUCGACGAAGAAGCUUCAGCUCCCUACAGGGAAACUGAUCAUAUUGUGGCCUUGAAUAUGCACAUGAAUGCAUUUUUACAAGUAUUCGAAAGAGAAAUCACAGAUAUCUUACAGGGUUUCGCAAAUCGUUUAAACCAUCGUCUGAAUCGAACGCCGGGUGUUCGUGUUUUGAAACGUUUAAUGGAUCGGAUUCGUGGGAAACAACCCUUCAACUGGGUACAAAAUGUCAUCAGCAAUAUUCUAGAUAGUGCAAAAUCAGUUUUACAAAUCGGUGAAAAUGACCCCGGCCUGGCAAUACUGCUGGUUCAUCUGAAUGCCAAUAUUAAGGCCAUCUUCAAUGAUCCCAAGUCGAUGUUUGUUCGCACCACCGUCAAGGAGUAUCUGUUCGAUGGUGUAAGAUUUUGCAUAAAUCCUCAAGGUCUGGCGAAGGCCAUUUGUAAUCAAAUUAAAGAUGGUGGCUCGAAGACAAUACGAGAACUUAAGGAUGGAAGUUUGGCUUUCUCGUUUUUCAAUCACAAAAACGGCACCGGCCGCGAAGUCUACGAAGUCCAUACCGGCAAAGAUGAUCCCAUGCGUGUUUUGGAAAUUCAAAAACUAGACGAUAAUCAUCAUCUACAAGUCUGGCUAAAUGCCAGUGAAAGUGAAACAUCAACGUGCAAUCAAAUCAAUGGUACCGAUGCCUCGUCAUAUCCACCAUUCCGACAGAAGGGGGAUUCCAUGUUUAUUUUCAGUUCGGACAUUUGUCGUUCGGUGCAAUUGUUUUAUCAAAAGGAGAUCCAGUAUAAAGGCAUACCCGGUUAUCGUUAUUCAAUUGGAGAAAAUUUUAUCAAUGACAUUGGUCCCGAACAUGACAACGAAUGUUUUUGCGUUGACAAGCUGACAAAUGUUAUCAAGCGCAAAAAUGGCUGCCUCUAUGCCGGAGCAAUGGAUUUAACAAAUUGUUUGGAUGCACCUGUGAUAUUGACAUUACCCCACAUGCUGGGCGCUUCGAAUGAAUACACGAAGACUAUCAAAGGCCUGAAACCGGAUGCUAAAAUACAUCAAACCUUUGUCGAUGUACAACAUUUGACUGGUACCCCUCUUCAGGGAGGCAAACGUGUGCAGUUCAAUAUGUUUCUAAAAAGCAUCAAUCGCAUAUCAAUUACAGAAAAUUUAACAACAUCCCUAAUGCCGGCGAUAUGGGUGGAAGAGGGCAUUGAAUUGAACGAUGAAAUGGUGGCCUUCUUUAAGAAACGUCUCAUCAACACUCUUAAAACUCUGGACAUUAUCCACUGGGCGGCAUUGUUUGGUGGCUUUGGGGUGGCAGCGAUAUGUCUAAUUUACUACGUGGUGCAACGACGAAAACCUGUUGUAAUCGAGGCUCCAUUAAAAUAAUAAGCAAAAGAGCUUAAAAAAAGAAAUAAAAAAUCAUAUUUAUUUGAACGAG